GGAAGGGCGUUCCCGUAAUUAACGAUCCCUCGAUCGGUCCUCCUCCUGACCGUCCUCGGUCUCUCCGUCUUUCAAAUGGAAACGCCGUCGCAUCUGCUGAGGCUGGUGCUCAGCUGCCGGAAGCUAACGGCGCAGGUGACGCUCCCGAGGACGGAGACGAUCGUGGCGAUGGCGUCGUCCUGCGAGCAGGAGUUCGUGGCCCAGCAGCGCGCCCGCCUCGGCCGCUUCCCCCGCUCCCGCAGCGAAUGGGACGCCCGCGUCGCCGCCCGUGUCGGCGAGAAGCUCGGCCUUCGCCUCAAGGAGGCCGGCGUCUCCGCCGUCCAGAUCGACCUCGCCGAGGAGCUUUCCCGCCCGCCCCACUACCGCCGCCCCCUCGCCUCCCUCUUCUGUUCCAUCCAGCGCGCCGGCGUCCACGUCGCCGGCGCCGAGAAAUUGCAGUGGCCAUGAUGAUCAUGGACGCCGCCGCAAAUGUUCGUUCUCUUCCCUCUUCUCUUUAUAUUAUUUGGGGUUAAGAUUAGGGUUUGGGAAUUGGGAUUCCACCGAUGUGUCCGGUGCUGUGCUUUCAUCUUCUUCUUUUUAUUAACCAGAUUUUUCUUUGUCAAUUUUGUUAUGUACAUCAAUUGAUUGACUAUAGAGACCGAUUCUCAAGUGAUGAAUUUCGAAUGUUUCCAAUGAAAUCUCUGAAGAUUUGAA